AUUCAUAUCGAACCAUUAUCUACUUCAAUCCUUCAACAUCAAAAUGGUCGAAAAAGUAAUUCAAUUGAAGUGCAGCUGCAAUGAGUACCCCUGGGGACAAAAAGGCUCCGAAUCCUUUGCCGCACGUCUCUGUGCCAAAACUCCGGGAACGGAUUUCAAGAUAGAUGAAAACAAACCAUACUCUGAGAUGUGGAUGGGCACAUACCCGGAGCUUCCAUCUUACGUCCUCAAAACAGGAGAGGAUCUCCAGGAUGUCCUCGAUGCCAAUUCCACAGAACUUAUUGGGCGAAGUAUACCCAAGAAAUUCGGUCAUACGAAGCUUCCAUAUCUUCCCAAAGUCCUCUCCAUCGCGAAAGCACUUCCACUACAGCUGCACCCAAACAAAAGCCUAGCCGCUGAGCUUCACUCCCGCGAUCCGUCUCAAUUCACCGAUCCUAAUCACAAACCUGAGAUCGCUCUCGCCCUCUCCGACUUCGAAGCGUUUGUUGGUUUCAAGCCCCUGAAAGAUAUCGAAAGUCUCAUGCAACUCGCACCUCUCCAGCCUUACAUGCCACUUAUCAAAAAGCCAAGAUUCGAUGACCAGACCCUCAAGCACGUAGUCAAGACGAUGCUCAUGGCGUCGGACGAGGAUAUCUCCAAAACGACUGCUGCGCUCCUCAAUAUUCCCCGUGACUCCUUCGGGGAAGAAACAUACAUCCCAGACAUGAUCCCACGUCUAGCGGAGCAAUAUGACCAAACCGACCCAGGCAUCAUCGUCGCGCUUAUCACAAUGAACUACAUAACCCUGAAACCCGGCCAAUGCAUCUACAUCCCAGCCGAUGGCAUCCACGCUUACCUCUCUGGCACGAUCAUCGAGUGUAUGGCACGCAGCAACAACGUCCUCAAUACAGGAUUCUGCCCUCGCGGCGACCGAAACUCCGCAGAGACCUUCUGUUCGUGCUUGACGUUUACACCUCAUGCUGCGGAUGAGGCCAUUCUCGCCGACGAGAAAUUCAGUAAGAGCAAGAACGGGAAGACCAAGCUGUACUCACCGCCAUUGAGCGAGUUCAGCAUCCUAGCGACGGAGCUGGGAGACGGAGAGCAAGAGCACAUUGAAGCGAUAGAAGGCCCGAGCAUAUUUAUCUGUACGCAAGGCGAGGGGAUGCUGGAGGCGAAUGGGAAGAGUUAUGAGGUUAAGGAGGGAUACAUUUUCUUCGUGGGAGUGGGAACAGAGAUGGACUUUGUAGCAAAGAAGGGCCUCCAAAUCUUUACUGCGUUUGCGGAGUAGGUAGAUGGGAACAGGUUGGCCUCGUGAAGUAUAAGAUGGUUGUAUCUAUAUCGAAUUGAUAUAUAAGCACCUGGGAUGGCAGUUCGACCACAUUCAAUAUGAAGGGUAUCACUCAGAAUGCCGCCAAGAAGCU